AUGGAAGAAGGGUCUACAUUCGAAAUCAAGCAUCACAUGUUGAGUAUCCUACCUACAUUUCAUGGGUUAUCAACUGAUGAUCCUAACAUGCACAUUGCAGAAUUUUUAAUGGGAUGCAAGAAUAUUUUGGUGAAAGGAUUCUCAGCUGAAUCUAUUAAGCUUCGUCUAUUUCCUUACACAUUGAAAGAUCAAGCAAGGAGAUGGCUCCUCACACUUCCAUCUGGAAGCAUUAGCACUUGGAACCAACUCAGUUCAAAAUUAUUAAACAAGUAUUAUCCAGCUUCAAAGACUCUCGACAUGAGAACUCAAAUUUUAUCUUUUUCCCAAAAACCAAAUGAAGAGUUUCAUGAGGCGUGGGAACGGUUUAAUAUGACAACAAAAACUCUUGUCAACGCUUCAAGCGGAGGAUCAUACAAGGAUAAAAAUGCACAAGAGGCUUGUUUAUUAUUUGAAAAAAUGGCAGCAGAUACACAGCAAUGGGCAGUUGAGCAGCCACAAUCAAGGUCUGUUUUUGAGAUAUCUAAUGGUUCUCCAUAUAUGUCGGCACAAAUUGAAAAAAUGGAGAAAAAGCUUGAAAGAUUUGAUGCAAAAUUUGACAUGUUAUUACAAAGAAUUCCAGGUUCACAGGUUGCUGUACAGCAACCUUUACCAGCUGCCUGUAGCAUUUGCAAUGUGACAACCCAUGAUUUUUUGAGCUGUUCGCAUAAAGAUGCUUAUCCGGAAUUUGCAGCGGAACAAGUUAAUGCAUUUAAUAAUUUUCAGCGUCCACGAUAUGACCCGUAUUCAAAUGUUUACAACCCGGGUUGGAGAGAUCAUCCUAAUUUUAAGUGGGACAGAGAUCAGCCUGCAAGGCCACAAUUUCAACAACAGGUACAGCAAACUGCUGCGCCUAAGGCUGCUUGGGAGGUUGCAAUUGAAAAAUUAGCAAAUGCCACCAGUCAAGAAUUCCAAAAUCUGCAGGCAACAGUGAAAAACAUAGAAAAACAAAUGGGGCAGAUUGCAUUCCAAGUUUCAGAAAGAGCACCAGGUACAUUUCCUAGCCAAACGGAACAUAAUCCAAGGGGAGGCGCAGAUUGUAAGGCAGUUCGAGUUCUACGUUCGGGUAAAAGUUAUGACAAUAGAGGUGAAAUUUGUGUUGGAAAUUCGCAGGCAGCAUCACAGCCACAAACAGAUUCAGGAAAUUUUGCAGAAUCUGAUAUUGUUACAGAUUCUACAGAGUCUAUGGGCAGAUCUGAAAACAGUGCAAAAAUUGCUGCAGAAACUGCAGAACGUGUUUAUGUGCCUCCAAUGCCUUAUCCCGAAAGGUUGAAGCCCAAAGUUAAAGAUCAACAGUUGACAAAUUUUAUGAAGACGUUGGCCAAAGUUCAGAUCAAUCUCCCAUUGAUUGAUGCAAUUAAGAACAUUCCAUCUUAUGCCAAGUUUUUAAAGGAUGUUUGCACAAAGAAAAAGAAGCUCGUGGAUUUUGAAAAAGUUAUUCUUACAGAACAGUGCAGCGCAGUUUUAUUACAUAAACUGCCUCCAAAGAAACAAGACCCAGGGAGUUUUACAAUUUCAUGCACAAUUGGAAAUUCUAAUUUUAAACGUGCUUUAAUUGAUUUGGGUGCAAGUAUUAAUUUAAUGCCUUUUUCUGUUUUUCAGAGACUAGGACACGGAGAAAUCAAGCCUACAUCAGUUAUUCUACAACUGGUGGACCGUUCAGUUGCUUACCCUAGGGGAAUUAUUGAAGACCUCAUUAUUAAAGUGGAUAAUCUCUAUCUUCCUGCAGAUUUUGUGGUCUUGGAUAUGGAUGAAGACAUGCAAACACCGAUUAUUUUGGGAAGACCGUUUAUGGCAACAUCUAGGACUUUAAUUGAUGUGGAAGCUGGAACAUUAACUUUACGAGUUCAAGACCAAUCUGUGGUUUUUAAUUUGUUUGAAGGAGCAAAAUGUCCUGCUGAACAGCAGGAAUGUAUGCACAUUGAUGUGGUAGACAAUAUGGUUCAAGCCAGCUUUCAAGCAAGUUCAAAUACAGAUAAGUUGCUCAGCAAGGGAAAAGCGAAAAAUCGGAAAUUGCAAUUAAAUGAGCUAGAGGAAAUUCAUCAAGGUGCUUAUGAUAGUUCUCGCAUCUACAAGGAAAGAACUAAGGCAUUUCAUGACAGUAAAAUUUUGCGGAAGGAAUUUCGGCCAGGGAAAAAGGUUAUGUUAUUCAGUUCAAGGCACAAGUUAUUUCCAGGGAAAUUAAAAUCUCGCUGGAUUGGACCUUACCUGGUGACUCAAGUUUUUCCUCAUGGAGCAGUUCAAAUCACUAAUGAAGCUUAA